AUGGCGUCCUCACCAACACACGUACCGGGCCCUGCUCUGGGUCCUGCAGCACCCUCAGUAUCGGAGGACGACUUCAGGUCGCUGUCCAACGACAUGGACACGAACGAGGAGGACCAGCACUUGACACGGCACACUUCAUUGUCGUUCCCAGGCACGGCGACCGCGACCCCUGCUGGAGAAUUGGCUCGAGCCUCGCGAGCCUCCGCUGCAGUGCACACGGACGCAGCGACUUCCCCCGCACAACCACCCUCAUCCAUCCCGCUCCCUCACCAUCCACCCGACCAAGUCACACCAACCCAUAUCCCUCCUCCUCCCCGAGAUCACCACAUUUCCACCUCAACUCUACCAGACACGGCGGCCAGUGCGACCUCGAUCUCAUCCCCUUCAGCAGACACCCCCGCCGACGUCGACGUCCCGAGUGCCAGUAUCCCUGCGUCGUUGGCAUCGGUUGCCCUCCCAGACGACUCACCCACUCUGGUCACGAGUGCUUCUGCCCCCGUCCCGCUGGCCGUACCCUCUGUGCCGCCCGUGCCCUCACCCUCUGUCCCCUCUCUGCUGGCCUCUCAAGAUACAGGCACAUCCUCCUCAAACUCUCCUACCACCUCGACUACGACACAACCAAGGCAGUCGGCCUUCCAGUACCCCACCUUCCACCUCGACUCGUUCAAGUCGCUGUCGUACGAAUCCUUCACAAACCAGAGUUCUGCGUCCGCCAGCACCGGGCCCAGCACUAGCGACAUUGCGACCCCUCCCACCUCGGCAUCCUUGAUCCCUCCCCGUCUUCCCAUCAGGUCACCUUCCCCGACCUCCUCGUCCGCCCUCAAACAACCGCAGGCCACAGACGUCCCCCGUCCGUCCAAAAGUGGGCAAGACAUCUCAGAUCAUCGCGAAUCCCAACACGACGCGCAGGAACGAGCGCCCGAAGACUCUGCACCGACUACGGCCACGAACACGCCCCUGCUUUCCACCCCGGGCCUCCUCGACUCGCUCCCGAUCCGCCGCACCUCGCUCGUCGGACCUCCCAGCCCUUCCUGGCCGUCCGUGCAAGAGCCUGUGCAGAGGCAGUCUGUUUCAUCCGCGACUGCCCCUCCGCCGUCCGACCUGGGCUACCUCGUUGACGCCGUGCCUGACAUUGAACAGAAGGAGCAACAGUCUUCCCUUACGACCUCGCCCUCGACGACGACCCGACCACUGACGAUCGUCACGGACGCGGACAAGACCCCCGUCGUCCCAUCCUCGCCAGCAUCCCGUGCAUCCGGAGCAUCCGGAGGUGCGUCUGCAUUCACUGACUCGCAUCUCGCGUGGCCCCAGGUUCCGCGCCCACCAUCUGCUGCGCUGUCUGCCGGAGCUAGCGGAAGCGUGCGUGACGUUCACGCGGAUUCACCCUUGACGCCUACCAACGCACAAUUCGAGUUCCCUCCUCCUCGACUGGUCGAGUCUCCAACCGUCCCUCGUCGUCGAACGCUGAUCGCGGCCAGCCCCACUCCGUCGGCUGUGCAACUCGAACUGCAGCAAUCCCCGACUGCGCCGCCACCGACGACAUUGCCUACGUCGCCGCCUGCACCUGAUCUGCGUCUUCAGCCGCAGUCGCCGCCGCCGCAGCAGCAUCUUCACCCGGAACGUCGAUCCUCGCUCCUGCCCCCCGCGAAGCGUGCAUCAUUCUGCUCCACGACGUCGUCGGCUCUUGAAGCGGCAGCUGCAGACGCUUCGAGUCUGGCUCCGCCCAUUGAUCUGUCUUCGCCGUCCAACUCGACGCCAAAGCGCACGAGCACCAGCACGAUCAGUGCAGGGGACGCGCGACCUGGAUCACUCACACCUCGUGGUCGUGCAUUGCUGCCCACAUCGCCCCAGUCUCCUAACAGCUCGAGCGAUCCGAGCCGCAAGUCUGUCCAGAUGACCAUGCCUAUGCCUAUGCCAAUGCCCGUCCCGACUUCUGAUCCGUCACGUCGGUCAUCCACACAUCAUCCGACAUCACCGUCGAAGAACGGGGCUGGCCUAGGCAUCCAGAGCUACGAGCCCGCAGCCAUUCGCCAAGUUCGCACUCGCUCGCCUGACCGCUCGUCUGCUCGAUACCAGACUUCGCCCGUACCGAGCGGCAAGCAGUUCGACAUGCCUACUCCCAACGUUAGGAAGUCUGUUUCGGUCCCGCCGCCGUCAGGCUUCCAGCCCAGCCACCAGCCGGCCAAGUCGGCAUCCAACCUCCCCGCCAUAGCAGGCCUCGCCGACGCUGGUCCUUACCCGACACCAGUGAACAACAAUGCCCCGCUCGCUAAGGGCAGCGGAGGAGGAGGCUUUGCGCUACCAGGGGACGUUUCCGGCCAACCGGCUCCCCAAAAGCCGAUCAAGCCCAAUGAGGAGAUCUGUCUCGAGUGCAUGAUGCGUGACCGCGAUCUCGCCGACGUCGACGUCUCAGGACCAGGAUGCUGGGACCGUGAAUCGAACGCUGCCUUUGAAGUCCUGAAGGAGCGCGAAACCGAGGUCCUGCGCACCAUGGCGCAGGAAGAUGCGCUCUCCCGUGCUUCUUUCGAGGCGUCGACAUGCACCGGCGAAUCAGCCAGCACGCCGCGGUCUCACGCCAGCGCCCCCGCCCCAGACGACACGUCCCGCAGUGCCGACGAGAAGCGCAAGCAGCUCAAAGAGGCUCGCCGAGCGCGCCGUGCUGAGCGGGAUGCGCAGGUUGCUCGCGUCGGAUGGCGCGGCUUCAAGUGGGAGGAGGGCCCCAAUGGCGAGGGCUUCCCCAAAGGCUUUGCCGGUACCCGACCUGGAGCUUUGACGGAGAAGGGUAUCAAGAACGUCAUGCAGAUGAUCCUGCAGAACUACCUGCGCGGUCAGUAUCGAUUGAUUCUGGAAGUUCGGCAAGAAGCACAGCGAAUCGGACACUACACCGAACCCGAGGAUCCUCACUACCCGAACUCGCAAGAGACGCACGAGAGCUCGCUCGACCCGUCGUCGACCAUCUCGCGUCACAAGAUGCGCAACCAGAGCAUCGAUCAGGGCGCGCCGUCCAUCAAGGCUCCUUCUGUCAGCACGGCUCGCUCCGUGCCGAUUCUCAGCAGCCAGGUGCCGAUGCUGCGCCAGAGCCCGUCGACGCCGGCUGGUUUAAGCAAUGUCUCCGUGCAGGCCCGUCGCCCGCGGACGCAGUAUGUUCCAGACCGCGAGCCUGGAAUCAACGGCGCCAGCCUCUCAGCGCAGACGUCGCGCCAGACGCUCAGCAUCAACACGCCGACGCAGCGUCCGUCGAGCCACUUCAAGGCGCCCAGCAGCACGAGCGUGCCCAAGGCGCGUGGCUCGCAGUACUACACCGACGACUGGUCGGACACCGAAGACCUGUGGGCUCCCUCGUCACCGGCGUCUGGCAACCUCCGGCCGUUCUCCUUUGCUGUUCGUGCGGGUGCCGGAGGUGGUCAGGGCAGCGAUGGCGGCCACAGCCGCAAGAGCUUCUUCGGCCGCUUCGGAGGAUCAGUCACGUCUCUGUUCACUGGUGCUGGAAGUCAUGGCGGUAGUGGAAGCAUGAUGGACAUGCACCUUGGUCUCGAGUCCGACCGCCGCAACCGCACGUCGUCGUACCAGGCGCACGAGCAGCCCCGCGUUCUUCCCGGCAUGGCGCCCGGCCGACCGUCCUUCCAGGGUGGUCGCAACUGGGUCGCGACCUCGAUGUACCUCGGAAAUGGCGGCGCGCGCUCCAGCGACGACGUCAUGUUGCGUGAGCGACGGGCGCACUCGACGAGUGCUUCGCGUUUGACCCAGGUUUCGAUGUACGGGGACGACUUUGAUCGCUCGUCUGCGACGACGGAGAAGAAGAAGGGAUUCAAGGGCCUGAUACAGAAGAUGAAGAAGGGCAAGAAGGACCCGUCGCGUCGCGGCACCGAGGAGCUCGCGCCGCCUCCGCCGAUGGGCUUCCUCGUCAACCGUCAGGACGGCAAGCACAACCGCAACCGCUCGGGCUCUUCGUCGUCGUUUGUCGAGGCUCCGUCGCCGGUGCCCCAGCAGCAGAUGCAGAUGCCCCGUGGCUCCAUCAAUGGGCCCAUGACAGCCCCCUCUUCGGGUAGCGACGUCAGCCCCACGAGCUCGCGAUUCGGACCUGACGGACGCCAGCGCACCAACCCUGUGCCGGAAUUGCCCCCAGGAGCGGAGUCGGCUGGCUACCCAGGCGCCACGAUGGAGAUGUUAGCCCACCUGCCGGGCAACAGCCCCGUCCAGGCGACGCACUCUCAGCAGCAGCUCGAAGCUCCCACGUUCACCGACGAGCCUCAGGCUAUGAACCGAGACCCGUUCGCGCGCUCGGCAGAGACUGCUUCCGACGGCAACCGCUCUCCGUCGCUGUACACCGUGCAGGGUGGCUCGCGCAAGAGCAUGCAGCCCUCGGUGUCCUCCCGGCUCUCGACUUCGACGACGAUGCAGGGCCUCGAGACGCCGGACGGCCAGCCGUACAUGAACGGCAGCUAUUCGCAGCAGCCUCCGUCGCAACAGUCGCUCUCGCCCAACCGCCACAAGAACCUCCCGCCUUUGCCUCCCGGAAUGGCGACGCCGGAGAUGUAUUCGAGCCACCAGGACGACGGUGCGUCGAUCUCGAUCCGGACGAGCCUGUUCGACCCGAAGCGCAUGUCGUCGAUGGACCAGGGCCGCGCGCUUUGCCCUCCGUCGUCGGACUACUUCCCGACCGCGUCGCCUCGCUACCACCAGGCGCCGAUGCCGAACGGAGCCGUGCAGUCGAGCCCGUCCUCGACCGGGUCGAGUGUCAUGCCGCCACAAGCCAACCUGCCGCUCCCGCGCCGCCCGAUCCAGCCCCGCGCGAGUUUCGAUGUUCUCUCGGACGCUCGCGCGCGCAUCCGCCGGUCGACGGCCGAGUCUGGCCGUCUGCCGAUGGAGGACAUGGGUGGCCGCAACGCGCAGAGCAUGUACAUCCAACAGCCAGCAGCCGCUAGUACCGGCUCGUUUGGCAGGUUUAUCAGCCGCGAGGCGCCUCUGGGUCCGAAGGGCGGGCUCGUUGUGCCAACGCUGCGCGAGCCCUACGGCGAGGAGCGCAAGGAGCGCCGGCGGGGCAUCAAGUCGAUCUUCUCCUCCAAGGCGAGAUGA